GUUCGAAUGCUGUGGUGUGAUCUUAAUUUGUACAACUAGAAGCGAGCAGAAAACACAACGCUGGGGCAAGUGGAUGAGUGCGAAGUCAAAGUGCGAUUGAAUGAAAGUGGAUCGAGAAGUUGGUUAGAGAACUUAUACGGCCUUGGGUUAGAGUGUGAUAAUAUACCCUGAGUGUGAUUGGAUAUUUCAAUUAUUUGUUCAUUUUGUUUUUGUGAAGGAGCGGAGUUCUCGUGGCAUCCCAAUAAGCUGGCUGGACAGUCAGGGAGCCAGCCAACUUGUUUCCCCACUCUGCGCCCUGCGGUCAUGGAUGACGUGUUCGGCGCAGUCAAACUGGGCGUCAAUGUGGACAUCCAGCGCAGUGACGGUCGCAUCCACUCGGCGGUGGUGGCCUGCGUUAACGCUGACGCCAGGACGGUGACGGUCGAGUGGUUCGAGCGAGGGGAGACCAAGGGAAAGGAGAUCGAGGUGGAGCUCAUCUUCCACCUGAACCCGAACCUGGCGCCGUCAGAACCGCAGUCAGUCAUUCCCUCCAAACUCAGUCGGUCGGACCCCCACCUGCAGCGCUCGGCCCGCGGAGGGGGCGGGGGCACAGCUCCGAGCACUGCCCGCUCCGUGCGCGAGCGGAAGAGCUUCGCGCAGCCGGCGGCGGCGCCGCGGCUCCGUCUGCAGCGGCCCGUCAGCAGCGCCGGCCACAAACUCAAACAGACGUACACGUCCAGGCCAGCGGUAGCCGCCCCGAAUAACAAAUCAUCAGCCGUCAACAAGGUGCGACAGAGUUACGUGCGCCCGCCGGUGGGCGGCGGCGGCCUGCAGCCCUCCCAGAGCGGCACGGACAUCUCCCCCGCGGCCAGGGAGCGGGAGCGGGACAGAGAUGCGGAGAACAUCGCGCCCGGCUCCACAGUCAGCAAGGCUACCGGCGGCGGCGGCAUUAGCGCGCGGCGGAGAAGCAAUGUCGUCAAGGAGGUGGAGAAGCUGCAGAAGAAGAGGGAGGAGCGCAGACAGAACCAGAACAAGAAGCGGGAAGAACGGGAGGGGCUCAUGGGCAUCGACCCGGGAAACCCCAACUGGGAGUUCCUGUCCAUGAUUAGGGAAUAUAAGAGUGGCCUGGACUUCCGGCCACUGAAGGACGGCGACCCGCUGGAGGACCACCAAAUCACAGUCUGUGUCCGAAAACGGCCGCUCAGCAAAAAAGAGAUCACCCGUAAGGAGAUUGACGUGGUAACCAUGCCGAACCGCGACCAGACCAUCGUACACGAGCCGCGCACCAAAGUCGACCUCACCAAGUACCUGGAGAACCAGCACUUCCGCUUCGACUACGCCUUCGACGACACCUGCGACAACCAGCUCGUCUACAAGUACUCUGCUCGACCGCUGGUGGACACCAUAUUCGAGCGCGGCAUGGCCACCUGUUUCGCCUACGGCCAGACGGGCUCGGGCAAAACCCACACCAUGGGCGGCACGUUCAAUGGCAAGCAGCAGGACGCCAACCAGGGCAUCUACGCCAUGGCGGCGCGCGACGUCUUCCUCAAACUGAAGUCGCCCCAGCACAGGAACAAGGGACUGGCCGUGUCAGCGAGCUACUUCGAGAUCUACAGCGGAAAGGUGUUUGACCUGCUGAACGCCAAGGCCAAGCUGCGCGUGCUCGAGGAUGGCAAGCAGCAGGUGCAGGUGGUCGGUCUGACCGAGCGGCCCGUCGAGAGCAUGGAGGACGUGCUGAAGCUGAUCCAGCACGGCAACAACAUCCGCACCAGCGGCACCACCUCUGCCAACAACCACAGCUCGCGCAGCCACGCCGUCUUCCAGAUCAUCCUGCGCACCCGGCAGUCCGGCGUGCCGGCCGACCGCUGGAAACUCUACGGGAAGUUCUCACUGAUCGACCUGGCCGGCAACGAGCGCGGCGCUGACACCUCCUCCUCGGACCGCAACACGCGCAUGGAGGGUGCCGAGAUCAACAAGUCGCUGCUGGCGCUCAAGGAGUGUAUCCGCGCGCUGGGCCGCAAGGGCGCCCACCUGCCGUUCCGGGCGUCCAAACUGACCCAGGUGCUCCGCGACUCGUUCAUAGGAGAGAACUCCAAAACGUGCAUGAUCGCCAUGAUCAGCCCGAGUCUGAACUCGUGUGAGCACAGUCUCAACACGCUGCGCUACGCCGACCGUGUGAAGGAGCUGGGUGCCGCCGACCCGAUGGACAUGAAGCCGGAGUCGGACCGGGCGGGACAGGCCAGCCCCUCCCCGGAGCCCGACGAGGAGCGCAUGGGAGUCGAGGGCAACGAGGACGACCUGGCCCAGCUCCGCUCGCUCAACGAGGGCGAGCUGUCCGCCGACCUGUACAACUUCCACGAGGCCGUCUCUCACGUCCAGGAGAUGGAGGAACAGGUGCUGGACAUGCACAAGGCGCUGAUCGACGCCUCCAUGCGCUGGCAGCAGAUGGACAUAUCGCUGCUCAACAUGACCAACGAGGUCGACUACGAUGUGGACGCGUACGUGCAGCAGCUGGGUGACCUGCUGGAGGAGAAGCUGGACACGCUGAGUCGGUUCCGUGAGCGGCUGUCCGUCUACCGCUCUCAGCUAGCAGAGGAGGAGCUGAUCUCACGCAACAUAAAGCCCACGCAGCGCCGGUAGGCGGCUCGCGCGCGACUCGUGGGGAACAUUCCGCACCCGCCCGACGGCCGGGAGGUCACGGCCGACGGCCGAGCACUCAAACCGGCACACUCGUCAGGCACUCACAGCACUCUGAGCUACAGAGGCGCUCCCGAGGCGCCCGGGACGGCGUGAAGUGACCGCCUCCGUCAGAGCGGCGGCAGCGAGCUCGGCGUGCGUGUGAGCUGAGCUUUACGCGGACGGCGAGUGGCUGAGAGGCAGGGGCCGGGACAGCGCGCGGUACCGGCGGCGACCAAAGCGUCUGCGAGACGCAGUGAUCUGGUGUUGAGGGAGGCUCUAUGAGUGUCCAGUGAACGUACGGUGACGAGCGGUGGUCGACUGCAGUGAAUGCCCGGUGACUGUACGCUGAACCGGGGGUGAUCUGAAGUGAUGUUCGGUGACUGUGCGGUGAACGGAGCGUCUCCGGUGAGCCCGGCGGAGGUGUGUGGGGAUCGGUGCCGGUCCCCAGCGCCCCGGCGGCGCUAGUAUGUGGCGGUGCUCCGGGCCGGUCACCGUCGCUCCGCCGGCCCGGCGCACCGCCGCCGCCGCGCCUGCCGGCUUCUGCUGACACGGAGUCGGCGGGAUACCUAGCUGCACGGGCACACUGGCCACGAGAGCGCCCUCGGAGUGAACGAGAUCGAGCGAAUAGUGAGUGAGACCGAGUGAGAGUGAGAGUUGAGUGAUAGUGAGUGUGGCAGUUGUUUUUGAGUGUUAGUGAGUGUGUUGGCUGUUUGGUUACGAAGUGAGAGCGCGAGAGUCGGCGGGAGGCCGGCAGGGUCGGGAGAGUGACCCGCCAUUGGGUCGGGUGGCCCGCAGGCCCCGGUUAUGUUGUCUUACAGUUGUGCGUGUGCGCCUAUUUAAUAUCUUCUUCUUCACCGUGACCGCUGGCGUUCCACUAGGAAAAUUUUAACUGCGUUUUACGUGAUAGCCUAUGUAAGUAAUAAAGUUAAAUAUAUUAA